AUGUCCGACUCAGACCGUGAGACCAAGCCCUUCAAGUUCGUGACUGGCUUUGAUGCCCGCUUCCCGAACCAGAACCAGACCAAGCACUGCUGGCAAAACUAUGUCGAUUACCACAAGUGCAUCCUAGCGAAGGGCGAGGAUUUUGCACCAUGCCGUCAGUUCUUCUUGGCAUAUAAGUCAUUGUGCCCAAGUGCCUGGUGUGAACGAUGGGAUGAUCAGCGCGACAACGGAACCUUCCCUACUCGUCUGGAUCAGUAA